AUGGGAAAAGGGUUUAAUAAUUACAUGUGUAAAAAGUUUUUUCAUCCAGCUUCACGUGACAAUUUAAAAAGAGUAUGGAUGGCAGAACAGCAGGCUGAUGCUUAUAAAAAGAAACAAGAAGAAUUACGAGUUCAAUAUGAAAAGGAGCAGGAUCUUCACAAUAACAAAGCUCUGCUGAGUAAAGAAAGCAAGGACAAAUUAAGCGUAAACUUUAUGUACGAGCCUCCUCCGGGUGCUAAAAAAGAACGAGAAAAAGAAGACAACGAACCAGAGUAUAAAUUUGAAUGGCAGAGAAAAUAUAAUGCACCUAGGGAAAGUUAUUGUAAGGGAGACAGUGAAAUUAGGGAUCAACCUUUUGGUAUCCAAGUACGAAAUGUUCGAUGUAUCAAGUGUCACAAAUGGGGACAUAUCAAUACUGGUAAUUAUGAUGAAAUUAAUUCAUAUGAAUUUAUUAAUCAUGAAGAUCAAUUGUUAUCAGCGGACGAAGAUGAAAUGUCUGAAGAAGCAUUUUUCAACUCUUUAUCUAAGAAAGAAAAGAAACGAUUGAUAAAGAAAUUAGAAAAGAUGGAGAAGAAGAAAGCCAAGAAAGAAAAGAAACGUAAGAGCAAGAAAGAAAAAAAGAAAAAAUCAAAAAAACGUGAAAGUGUAUCUAGCAGUAGCAGCAGCAGCGAAAGUAGUGAUAGCGAAUCUGAGAGCUCGAGCUCUGAAGAUGAGAAGAAACGACGGAAAAAAAAGAAAUCUAAAAAGACACACGAUUCGAGUUCGAGUUCCUCUGAUGAAGAAACGAUUGUAAAGGAAAAAGAGAGAUCGAGAGAGAAAGACAGAGAAAAGUUCAAGGAUAGGCGGCAGGAAGAAGUUAGAAGAAGAGACGAGAGAUUUGAUCGUCGACCUGAUCGUAGAGAUCAUGGGCAUUAUUAUGAUAAAGAAAGUUUUAAAGAUAAGGCUGAUUAUAAUCGUGAUCGUAAUCGACAUGAUCGCAAACGAAAGUCUGAAGAAUCAGACGAACGAAGAUAUCGACGUGAUAAACGAAUCAGGAAUUCUUAA